AAGCGGCGACUUAGCACAAAUCAGCAUCCAGUUCAGUGUCUGGAACCGCACAGUUGCGCAUCGUGGUUUCGCUAACCAGUCCGUCGCUGAGUCGCAAUGAAGUUUUUUAUCUGUCUGUCGGCGCUUUUGUUGGUUUCGGCAAAUGCCGAAUCAGAGCAGAAGAAGUCCGCAGCCGAUAGCAAGGCCGCCGUCCCGCUCGAGAAGAAGCUUGACAAACGUGGCCUGCUAAGCCUCGGCUAUGGCUACGGCAUUAAUGGGCUAGACGUGGGCUACAUCGGUGGUGGCCAUCUUGGUGGUGCGUAUCAUGAGGCACACGAUCAUCACUACGGGCACGGUGUGUACCUAGGUGGACAUACCGACGUUACCAAAACGGUAACGCUCGUCAAGGGUGUCCCAGUCCCGUACACCGUCGAGAAGCACGUUCCGUACACGGUUGAGAAGCAUGUCCCGUACCCGGUAAAGGUGCCGGUUCCACAGCCCUACGAAGUAGUAAAACACGUCCCGGUUCACGUAAAGGAAUACGUUAAGGUUCCGGUCCAUGUGCCACAGCCUUACCCGGUUGAGAAGAAGGUACCCUACCCGGUGCACGUUCCGGUCGAUCGUCCCUACCCCGUCAAGGUGUAUGUGCCACAGCCGUACGAAGUGACCAAGCAUGUGCCGUACCCGGUUAAGGUGCCAGUCCCACAGCCGUACGAAGUUACCAAGCAUGUGCCAGUGCCGGUAAAGGUGGAGGUUCCAGUCCCUGUGCCGUACACCGUUGAGAAGAAGGUCCCGGUCCCGGUGAAGGUGCCGGUCGAUCGUCCUUAUCCCGUCCAUGUGCCAGCUCCGUACCCAGUUGAGGUGGAGAAACCUGUCCCGUACACGGUGGAGAAGCCUGUCCCGUAUGAGGUAAAGGUGCCCGUCGAUCGUCCGUACCCAGUGCCAGUGGAGAAGCCCGUCCCAUACCCAGUCAAGGUACCGGUCCCGAAGCCGUACUACGUCGAGAAGCAUGUUCCGUACACGGUUGAGAAGCCAGUCCCGUACCCGGUCAAGGUUCCGAUCGACCGUCCGUACCCCGUUACGGUUGAGAAGCACAUCCCAGUCGAGAAGCCUGUCCCGGUGCCGGUGAAGGUACCGGUGGCCGUGCCUGUCCCCGUACAUCACGACCAUCACCAUCACCAUCUGGAGCAUGUGCACGAACCGCAUCACCAUCAUCACGAUGUGAGCUACACUAGCUUCAGCGGUUACGGACACGAUUACAGCUAUCACCAUUAAGCA